UUUAUGUGAACAAAAACGUUAGUACCUCCAUACAUACAUAUAUGUAUUCUUAUUCACAUAUAUAUAAUAUAUUACAUUAUAUGAGCGGUGUCUUCAAGCAAUAGUGUCGUUACAUUGAUAAACUUAUAUAUAAUUACUCCCUGUAUAGUUGAAAUAACGAUUGUAGAGCGCAGCACGUGUUUUCUCCAAUAUUCUGGUAAUUUUUUUUUAACGCACGUUGCAUAUUUUAGCGAGUAAAUUGGAAACGUGUAUGAUAAAAUUAAUAAAAUAAUUGAAGAAAGAAGAUAUAUCAUCAGCAGAUUGUUAGGAGUUAAUUCGUAGCGGCGGAUACCUCGUGUUUUUGUCUCUACGAAUAAAUCCAACAUGGCGACCAAAGUGGCUAGCAGCACUCAGGGUAGCAACGACGCUCACGAGGGCCCCGGUGUUUCUUAUGCCAGCGUGGUUAACCCAAAGAGUGCCGGCGAGUCGCUUCAGCAAACUCCAACUGCUAAUAAAGAGUGUAAUAAAGAAAAUAUUGAUCAAUUACACUCUGCUAAAGAACGUGUCCCUUUACAGAGCCAGCAGCCUAAUAAUAAUAAUAAUAAUAAUAGUAAUCAUAAUCAUAAUAAUAAUAAUAAUGUACAGAGAGGAGGAAGAAGUAGUCACAAAAAUAAUGGCAAGAGAUUUAAUUCGUAUUACGGGUCUAAAUAUGAAAGAAGAUAUGGAUAUGAUGAAAGAGAAGGUAAAGGAAGGUCUGAAAAUUAUCAAGAUAAAAAAGACCUGAGCCAGCAGCGCAAUAGAGUCAAUCAGUCUCAGGAUAGAUUGGCUAGCGCUGAUGGAGCCAGCGAUGGUGAUUUUCAAACAGUCGCUCCUAAGUCGGCGAGGAGGAAGGAAAAAUUCCAGGAGAAGUUUAGGGACCAUCAUCACUUACAAAGGGAGAGACACAAGCCUGAGCGGAGCGGCAAUCCUAGAAACAGGAGCGCUGGGAGUAAAGAGAGGGUGCAUAAGGAGAAAGAACGCACUGGGGAACAUACUGCGGUGAAGGAGGCCAAGGAGGUUAAGGAGGAUAAAGAGGAGGUUGAGAAUAGUGAGGCCCAGCCGGUUAAGUAUGUUGCUGCGCCGCUGCCUGCUGUUAAUCCCUGGACCAAGAGUUCUUUAGCUGCUCCGCCGGCUGUUUCUGGUCCCGCUAAUCCUGUUAAUACGCCAGUUAGUCUUCCGGUUCAGAGGGAGCAGACUCCUGUGCUGGUGCAGAGGGAAAAGAGGGUCCUGCAGCCGCAGCAGCAGGGAAAAAUAGAAAAUGCGAGUAUUCAGCCGACAAUUGUCAAAGCGCCGAGAGACAGAAGAAAAUUCAAUCAGAAGGCGAGUGAUUUUACGGAUAUUGGCGAUUGGCCGUCGCUGGGAGCUCAAGGCGAAAAGAAGGCACCAAUACCGGUCUCCAAGCAGAAUGGCGGCCUCGUGAAGCCGCAACCUCCUCAGCAGCAAGUUACCCAGCCAAGGAGCGAUUCUAAAGCACGUGGAUCUGUCAGUGAGGAAAAGGGAAAAGAAAAUAAAAUGGCUAAUCAUUAUCAAGAAGAUAGCGAUGAACAUUUUGAAGCUGACAAAAAUAGGAAGAAAGUGAGUAAACACAAAUGGGUGCCAUUAGAAAUUGAUAUUGCGAAAAACAGAGGAAAAAGAGAACGUUCACCAAAACAUCAAAGGGAAAACAGUCAUAGAGAAAGCAAUCAUAGUCAUAGAGAAAAAAAUGGCGAAUUUAAUGAAGAGAGUCACAGAGAAAGAGAUUACGAGAGAUCCAGUCACCACGGGUACAGAAGUGCACGCGGUGGAUCUAGAAGUUACCGAGGACGAGGCAGAGGUCGUCACAGUGGACGAGGAGGUUACAAACACAGAAGUGAUAUUGAAUAUCCGGAAUAUCCUGUUGAACGUACACAGCUGAACAAAGUUGCUCACGCCGAUCCGUCAUAUAUGAUGCCUUAUAUGGGAACAUUUUAUUUCAAUAACACUAAUUACGUAAACUUAGAUACUACAACUCUUAAAGAAUAUAUUAGAAAACAAAUAGAGUACUAUUUUAGCGAAGAAAAUCUUAUGAGAGAUUUCUUCAUGCGUCGUAAAAUGGAUGAAGAGGGUUUCCUGCCGAUCCAUUUGAUCGCGACUUUCAACAGAGUUCAAGCGCUCACUACCGAUGUUACUUUGGUGAUCGCGUCAAUCGUCGAGUCGACUAAACUCGAGAUGAUCGAUUUCAUAAAGGUGCGAACUGUCAAUAAUCCAUUAAGGUGGCCGAUUGCGUGGCAUAAGCAAGACUCAGACGAGUAUCUAGAGUCAGACGGCGGUCAUCUUAUGAUUGCACAACCAGAUAUGUGUUCACUAAUUACGCCUCUUGCGCCAGAAUUUUGUCCAGCAGCCACACCUCUUUCUAUAAUCCCAACACCGCCAAUGCCUCGUGUUAUUCAGCCGGUACCGAGACUGAGCGAGUCUGAAAGUAUCUCAUCGUCGUCUGGUGAAACUUUGAACCCCUGUGUACCGGAAUUUGUACCAAUCAUAGCAGUAGAGAAUAACAAAGCUAUGGUUAACAAUUUAUCUGAGAGCGCACAAGCAGAUUCUGUUGAGACAGAGACCGAGACUAAGUUACUGCUGAAUGAAAAUGACACACAGACACCUCAGGUCAACGGGGAUGUUGAAUCUUCGGACAAUGAUGUUUGGAAAGAAGUUAAAAGAAGAGUCAAGCAGCCGCCUAAAGAUAAGCUCGCUGAGAAAAAUGUUAAAGAUCACAAGGAAGAAGAGCGAGAAGAGUUGGAUUUUCAAUUUGAUGAAGAAUUAGAUACUCCUCCGCCUACCGGUCGACAUAAUGCAUUUUCUGAAUUGUCGGAAGAUGAUGAAGAUUAUGAACUUUCUGAUCGAGACAUAAAUAAAUUGCUGAUUGUAACACAAACAGCAAAUAUACCAUCUAGACUUCCAAAACACGACGGUCAUGAUCGUACCGGUGACUGGACGACACGCGUCAAGAUGAGCCAAGAUUUAGAGCAAACUAUUAACGACGGAUUGUAUUAUUAUGAAGAAGAUUUAUGGACUGAGGAUGGACAAAGAUACGGAUCUUCGUCAUCUAUUGGGAGUUAUAAGACAGUAAACCUGGUGAGUCAAGAAGCAUUUGAAAAAAUGGCACCGAAAGCUCCGCGCAAAGCCAACCCCGAAGUGCCACCACCUCCACCUCCACUAUUUGCCUCAGACCAAGACUUGUCUCGGUCACUGCCUAAUCAGUUGUCGAAUUUGGAUGACAAACGAGAUCGCAGAGGUCGUAGAACUGAAAGAUUCCGUGGGUCAAGUCGUGGUAGACGUGGUACUGCUCACAGAUUUUACGCUGUUGUUAAAGAUGAAACUCCAAUUGAUCCUAGAACUCCACGGAAACGUAAAACACGCCAUAGUAAUAAUCCACCUGUUGAACAUCAUGUUGGAUGGAUUAUGGAUGUUAGAGAGCAUCGACCUAGAACUUAUUCUACUGGAAGUAGUACCGGUACAAGUCCAAAUGAAGGUUUUCUUGCUAGUAGUUGUGGAAGCCAACCUUCAUCAUUGCCAGCCUUCCAACAUCCAAGUCAUUCAAUGCUUAAAGACAAUGGUUUUACCCAACAAGUUUACCAUAAAUACCAUUCACGGUGUUUAAAAGAGCGAUCAAAAUUAGGAAUUGGUCAGUCUCAAGAGAUGAACACACUUUUCCGCUUCUGGUCAUUCUUUUUGCGUGAAAAUUUCAACCGUAAAAUGUACGAAGAGUUCAGAAGUAUCGCCAAGGAAGACGCAGUCGAGGGCUAUCGUUAUGGCCUCGAAUGCUUGUUCCGAUUCUACAGCUACGGUCUUGAGAAAAAAUUCCGACCACAUCUUUACAAAGAUUUCCAGACUGAAACUAUGGCUGAUUAUGAAAAUGGUCAAUUAUAUGGAUUAGAAAAAUUCUGGGCAUUUAUGAAGUACUACAAGCACGCUAAAGAAUUAUGCGUAGAGCCAAAAUUACAAGAAUAUUUAUCAAACUUUAAGAGCAUCGAAGACUUCCGCGUUGUUGAAGUAGGCGCAGAUUGAUCGUAAUCUAAAAACUACUGACGUUUCAGAAUCAUUGUUUUUUUUUUUUUAUACCAUCUUUUACUUGUUAUUUACAACUAUAUAUAUAUUUUUUUUUAAUUAUUUUUCUUGCUCUUUAAUAUCUUUAGCUGCCGCGAAAAAAAAGGAUUGUAAUUAAAAAAAAAGGACGUAAUUUAGUAAUUAAAAAUGUAGAUUUUAACAAGUGAAAAUAUUUCUUGAAUUUUAUAAUUUGACAGUUUAAAAUUGCUAAUUGCCUUAAUAAUUAAUUAAUGGCCUCAAAGAGUGACAUCACACCAUCGAUAAUUAUUUUAUAAUAUUAUUUCUAUUCUGUCAAGUGAUUUCUUACAAAACGAAAAUCGUAGGGUAAGUGGCUGUGCAUAUAAAUGUUUUUAAUAAAUUGUAAUUAAAAAAAAAAAAACUCAAUUAACUACACUUACAUGAUUUUAAAUCUUAAAAAAUAAAUACAGCAUAAAUGCUUGAUAAUUAUUAAACGAUUGUAUAAAAAAUAAUAAUUAAAUUCAGAUAAAUAAUGUCUACCUACAAUGAUAUAUGAAUACAUUUAUAGUUUAUUUUAUUACAAAGA